UGCAAUGUGUGACUGAUGAUUUUAGAUCAUAUAUAAUAAUGACUAUUGAAACAUAGGCAACUGAUGACAUCAUAGAUGAAUAGCUGAUUAGGUGGACAGACGGGAUCAAUUAAACUGAUUUGGAUUAACGCGUGGAUUUGGACUGAUGAAGCGCGUGUGAAAACCCCGGUGUGGAUCAGCAGCAUCACUUAACAUCAUGUAGUUUAUUCUACAGAUGACAGCAAUUAUUAUUAUUGUUGUUGUUAUUUCUAUUAAUAAUUAUAUUAAACCGUUAUCUUUAAAUCAUCCGGCUUUAUCUAAACAAGUGUUUCACUCAAAACAGGUUUAGUUCUCUUCUAGUAACUUCAAGUGUUUUGAUGAAGGGUGCUUUGGGGUUUGAACCUUCAAUCUUUCUGUGACCAGCUGAGAUCUUGAACCAUUGAGUCACUACACCCCUGAACCGCUCAUGUGUGUGUUUGACGCGCCGCGACCCGCAGGAACGUCGAUGAGUAACGCUUCGCGAUCAUAACUGACAUGAGUCUGAUCGAUCAUGGCCAGAAACACUUCUCUGUACUUUCGCAUCGUUGAGGGACGAAAUCUGCCCGCUAAAGAUGUAUCUGGAACCAGUGAUCCAUACUGCAUUGUCAAAGUUGACAAUGAGAUCGUGGUCAGAACCGCGACUAUCUGGAAAAACUUGAAUCCAUUCUGGGGAGAGGAGUACACACUUCAUCUACCAGUGGGUUUCCAUACACUCACCUUCUACGUCAUGGAUGAAGACACUAUUAGUCAUGAUGAUGUCAUAGGAAAAAUCUCCCUCAGUAAAGACGUGAUCACUGCUCAACCCAAAGGUUUAGAUAACUGGUUGAAUCUGACUCGUGUGGAUCCAGAUGAAGAGGUUCAGGGUGAGAUUCAUCUGGCUCUGGAGCUCCACAGAGACGCUCAGAGGACCUGCCUGCACUGUCAUGUCAUUGAAGCCCGAGAUUUGGCUCCACGUGAUAUUUCUGGUACCUCUGAUCCAUUCACCAGAAUCAUCUACAACAACAUCAGCGCUGAGACAUCGAUCAUAAAGAAGACACGUUUUCCGCACUGGGAUGAGACUCUGGAGUUGUGCUUGGAUGAUGGUGAGAAUGACGAAGGAGGAACCAUCAUGGUGGAGGUCUGGGACUGGGACAUGGUGGGCAAGAACGACUUUCUGGGGAAGGUGGAAUUCCCGCUGUCAUGUCUGCACAGAACUCCAGAAGUGCAGGGCUGGUUUCGUCUGAUGCCACUGAGAAACACAGAAGACGACGCCGGGGGUAAACUGGGUGCUUUACGUCUGAAGGUGCGUCUGGCAGAGGAGAGAAUUCUUCCAUCUGUUUACUAUCAGCCUCUGAUCGAUCUGCUUGUGGAGGCGGUCAUCACGCCUUCAGAGGUCAAUGAUCCGUCACCUUUGACCCUGCUGGAAGAGGUCACCACGGUAGAGAGUCGUCAGGAUGUCGCCAUGACGCUGGUAAAGAUUUAUCUCGGCCAGGGUUUGGUCGUGCCAUUUCUGGACCUCCUGAACACCAGAGAAGUACACAACACCACAGAUCCAAACACACUCUUCCGGUCAAACUCACUGGCCUCCAAAGCGAUGGAACAGUUCAUGAAGGCUGUCGGUAUGCUGUAUCUUCAUGAAGUUCUGAAGCCUAUAAUCAAUCGAAUCUUUGAGGAACGGAAAUACAUCGAGCUUGAUCCGUGCAAGAUAGAUCUGAACCGCUCCAGACGAAUCUCAUUUAAAGUAGGCAUGUCAGAAGCAGAGGUGAGAGAGAGCAGUGUCGGUCUUCUGCAGAUGUAUCUCACCAGCAUCAUGGAGGCCAUCGUGAGCUCAGUGUCCCAGUGUCCUCCUGUGAUGAGGGUUGUGUUCAAACAACUCCAUAAACGAGUGGAGGAACAGUUUCCAGAACCAGAGAAUGAGGAUGUGAAGUAUUUGGCCAUCAGUGGCUUUUUCUUCCUGCGUCUGUUUGCUCCUGCGAUUCUGACGCCCAAACUUUUUCAGCUGAGAGACCAUCACGCAGACACACGCACCAGCAGAACUCUUCUGCUGCUCGCCAAGGCUCUUCAGAGUGUUGGUAAUCUUGGGUUACAACUGGGUCAUGGAAAGGAGCAGUGGAUGACCCCUCUGCAUCCCUUUAUUCUUUGCAGUGUGGCGUCCGUUAAAGAUUUUCUGGACAAACUCAUAGACAUCAACCACGACAACGUGUGUGAAGUUCCUCAGCGUGCCGUCUUUUUACCAUCAGUCAUUGUGAAGGAAGGUUUCCUGCAGAAACACAAAGCUGAAGGGCCGCAGCUCAUCAAACGCUUCGCUUUCAAGAAACGAUAUUUCUGGCUCAGCUCAGAGAUGCUGAUGUACGCCAAGAGCCCUGACUGGCAGGUCCGCUCCUCUAUCCCUAUCCAGUAUGUGUGUGCGGUGGAGAGAGUGGAUGAAAACGCAUUUCAGCUGCAGAAUGUCAUGCAAGUUAUCACACAGGAGCCAGAUGGACAACUGCACACCACAUAUCUGCAGUGCAAGAAUGUGAAUGAACUGAAUCAGUGGCUGUCAGCGAUUAGAAAAGUGAGUGUUUAUAAUGAACACAUGCUGCCGUCAUUCCACCCUGGAGCUCACCACGGUAACAAAUGGACCUGCUGCCUGCAGCCCGACCGCACAGCGUCGGGCUGCAGUCGGACUCAUUCUGCCGUGACUCUGGGCGACUGGAGCGAUCCAUUAGAUCCUGAUGCUGAAACACAAAUCAUUUACAAAGAACUGCUGCAGGGACAAGACAAACUUAGGAAGCAGUACCUGGAGACACAGGAAACACAGACAGCUGAACAGGAAGAGGUCAAUCAUACAUCAUCAGUGUGUGUGCAGGGUCGCUCUGAGCGUGCUCGGGCCGUCGCCUCGCGUCUGCUGGAGGUUGUUCUGGAUUUAGAGCGAGCUCAUUCGUCCUUCCAGAGCCGAGAGGGAGACGAGAGCAGUUCACUCAUACUGACAUCGUAGAGAGCUUUACAAAUCCUGAAGCCGAUGCAGCGACCAACUAGAACUCACACGACACUGUAAAAUUACAAUUAUGCAAUCUGACGGUGGUGUCCUUGAAUGACUCUAGACAUUUGUUUAAUGAUUAUUGUGCACGUUUUUGCAAUCAAACGCAAGUUAAACUGCAAAAAUCAGUUUCUUAAUUGGUAUUUUUCUUUCGUUUUCCGGGCUAACUAUCGAAAUAUCCAUAAACCAAGAUAUAUUCCCCCUCGAAACAAAAAUUGCAUAAGAUAUAAACACUUGUUUUCAGGAAAUAUACUGUAUAUUGAAUAGAAGUGUCAUUUGUCAGCAUGUUUUCUGAAACAAAUAAAAAAUAAAUCAUUAAUAUCUUGUGCAAAGUUAACUCUCAGUUAAAGGUGCUGCAAGCGAUUUUUCCAUGGAAAAGUAUCCAAAAAAUGUUCCUACUCCCUGAAAGAUAUUACUGAAAUAAGUGUCGUAAGAUAUCUCACCGGUCUCUGGGACCGCUCUAGACUCUGUAAACAGCAAACAACGCUUUCGACCUGUCAAUCAUUUUGCGCGUUUUCAUAGAAUUGUAGUUGCAGCAAAUUAUUGAGGCUUAAUGCCAUUUUUAUGGCAUGUAGUUGAUAACAGUUGUCAGUUGAGGGCGCUAUUGUACUGCUGUUGUUUUGAACAACCGUUUCUGCUCUCAGUAAAGCUCAUUUGGUAUUUUUGGAUUGCAGUGUUUUGGAAAAGGGGCGUGGCUAAUCCAACGGCUCCGUCUCGUGGAAGUGGAACGGCUGAAAUCACUUACAGCACCUUUAAAUCCAUCUUGAUUUACGGAUGUUUAGAUAUUUUGCACACAAAGAGAAUAUUGAUUAAGAAUUUGAUUUUUUUUUUUUUUUUACAGCAUAUCGAAUGUCUGUGAAAUUAUUUUUACUGUAUGUAUUUGUACUUUAAAAGUGUUUAUAUUCUUGAUGCUCUCUGGGGUGAAUUUUUAAUCAAAUGGCACACUGUAGCUUUUUAAAGCAGCCAUGUGUGUGUGUAUUGCGCUCUGCAUGGCAUUUGACAAAAUGGCUUGACCUGUGUCAGUAAACACACACACACAUAAGAAACCACACUUUGUAAUUAAACAAGUGAGUAGUGUUUGAGUGGCUGUUGUGUUCACGACACACUAGAAUCUAUUUUGUGCAAUUACUUGGUUUCUUGCUUUUCUUUCAUCCAGGAGUGUGUGAAGUAGUUCUUGACCAAAUGAACAUGUUUCUGGAUUAAUAUUGUAAUAUUUUUAUACUUCCACACAAAGGACUUACAGUAUAUAUAUAUUGGAAUAUCAGUUUGAUUUAUCGUUUUAUCUUUAAGAGGAUUGUAAAUCGUUCUGCUUUUUGUUGUAAAAUGUAUUUAAACAGAUGCUUGAAGAAGAAAUUAGAUUUGCUGUUGUUGUGGUUACACUGAAUCCAGUUCACCGGUGUAAAACUAAACCGAUCGCUGUAGCCGCAUGUCAGUGUAGCUGAUGAUGUUGGUCUUUGUAAUGGAGUGGUUUUUAGGUGUUUUUUAAGACUUAGCUAUAGCUAGCUGUUGGUUAUUUUAGACUGUUAAGGGGCUGUGAUAUACACUGAUUUUCUUCAGGACUUUGCAACGUGCCAAACACUGUUUUUGGGUUGUGUGUGCAUGUGUGCAAGACUGCAGCUGAAUAGAGUUUUUAGCCUAAUGACAAACUGUUUUAAACAUUUGCUUCUCUCUGCAGGAAAACACAUUUUGUUUGGACAGAAAGUUGAAUAUCUGCUGUGCCUGUAAAACUGUAAAACCAUUUAAAUGAAACUACAUGAAACUC